AUGCCCUUGCAUAGGCCCGCGGUCAAUCAUCAAGCUUGUAAGGCAUGGGGCCUGCUCGCAGCGGGGAGAGCCCCAGCUGCCUCCUGCAGGGCUGCCAACCCUGUGCACCAGCCGUCCAGUGCCCAGCCCCAGCGCCUGGGGCAGGAUGCCCAUGCGAUAUCCCCCCGGGACGCCGCCCCCCCGGCCCAGCCGGCACCGGUGGACCCUGUGCUCAAGAGGACACGUAAGCGCAACGUCUCCAAUCGCCUGCACAUCACCCCCGAGCUGCCGCCAGAGGAGGCGCUGCGCCGCAUGCGCAUCAGCGAUGCAAACACCGGCAAGCCGGCCUGGAACAAGGGCCGCAAGCACUCCGAAGAGACCAAGGCCAAGAUCCGAGCUGCGACGGCGGCUGCCAUGCAGCGUCCAGACGUGCACGCCAAGGUCAUCGCAGCCUUGGAGUACCGCAACCCUGUCUCCCAGGAGGACCGGGACAAGAUCUCGCAGAAGGCGCGGAUCAAGAUUGCUGAGGCUCGCGCCAUCAUGCUGCCUCAGGCGCAGGAGCUGCGGGACCAGCUGCGGGUCAGCGAAGACUCAGACCUGCAGACGGUGGCAGAGUCCCACCACGUCAUAGAUGACAUCAUGGCUCUGGCGUGGUGCAAGCUGCGACGAAAGGAGAAGCUGGUCGAAGCGGCUUGGGCUCACGAGACCUUCAUGAAGGACCUGGUGCGGAGGGUCUACGCCAAGAUGAAGCGUGAUGAGCGUAUGGCCGCGCGGCAGGAGAGCAAGCGCGUGAUGGCCGUCGCGACGUCGCAGCUGCGCCAGCUGCGCCGCGCCGAGGCCAAGCUGCAGCUGGUGGAGCGAGCCCUGGUCAACCUAGAACGAGCGCGACCCAGCAUGGAGCAGUCGCAGCAGCUGGAGCGCUACAGGACGACGGAGCUGGAGGCCAAGGAAUUGGUGGAGCGCUGCCGCAAGCAGGUCACGGAGCUGAGCGAGGCCUUGCACGCCGUGGCGACAUCCUCCCGUGCCAGCCGGUCCGAGGGAGCGGAGGGGCAGGACUGA